AUGUCGGCCUCCAACAGUACCUCGGCUUCGGAUCGGCAGCUGAGCUCGCGGUUAUUGCCUUGCAGCACCACGAAACGACGGCGGAUACAUUCAACAGAAGCCGACCCUCCGCCGCCGGCGACGACCAUCGUUCAACUGGGAGACGAUUUCCUCGUAGAAAUCCUGAUUCGCCUCCCUAACCCUAGAUCCGCCUGUCGCUGCAAAGCCGUCUGCAAGAGAUGGAAGUCCCUUAUCUCCAAUCCAAUCCGCUUCAACCGCCGUUUCGUUUCCCACCACCAGAGCAGGAACCGGCAGCCUGUUCUCCUUCUACCCUCAGACGACCCGCAAGCGAUCAUCAGGAGCGUUAUCCCCAUGACUACUCUAUUAACCCAAAGCUCCUUCGCAGUAAUGGAUUCUUACAAGGACUUGGUUCUCUGCGGGUUUUCCGAUGUGGGUCCCGCCGGCGGCCGCAGCGCAUUGGAAAGAGAAAUUUACAGAUCCUACUUCCUCUGCAAUCCGCUUACGAAGCAGUGGGUCGCCCUCCCUUUGGCGCCAGAAUUGCCGUUGGAUUGUGGGAUCUUCUUUACAAGGUUAGUUUGUGAACCCCGGAUUUCUAAUGAUCUUGAUCUCGGAGAGGAGCAAGUGUUUGCAUAUUCUUCCGAGUAUCGAUUUCGAGUGGUGUGUCUAUACCUGCAUGAGGGGUGUACAAAGAUAAAUAUGUUCUGUUCGGAUACUGGCGAAUGGACGAAGGACAUUCUUGUUCUUCGUGAGCAUUGUCAAUUUGCAACCAGAAAUGUGGUUUCCUGCAACGGGGAGGUGUUUUGGUGUUAUGGCGUUCCAAAUCAAGAGCCUGUUGCUAUGCAGCACCAGAUGGAGCCUUUCAUUGCUGCUUUUAAUCCUUUCCAUCCUGAUAUACCUCCCACUGCUAUUGAACCUCCACUAGUCUUUGGGAAACCGGGGUGGGAUGUUGGUGUCUCACAAGGUGCCUUGCACGCAAUUGUAUUUGAAGAUCGAAUUGAACCGGGUCGUUCACAGAUCACAUUGAGCGUGUGGAGACUGGAAGAAGACCGUAAAUCUUGGCGAAAAGUAUGUGACGGGUCAAUGAAAGGGCCAAGGUUGUGUGAACUUCGCACGAACCUUGGACCUUGUUUGCAUCCAGAGAAGCCGCAAGUCUUCUACCUCCGUCAUUCUGAUGGUUCUGGUGAUAUUUAUGCCUUGUCCUGCGAUUUGAGGGCAGGGGGAGAGCUGGAGCUCUUCGCCAAAGUAAGAGGAUUCUUAAGUUAUUGGUAUUUGUUCCGAUCUGAGAUUCCUUGCUGGUCAACUUCAAUUCCGAGGUACAAGCAAUUGCGAGUUAUGUAUGAUGGAAGCUACAGCUGUUGGUUUCAGAGCAACAACGAACCAGCAACAACUCCUCCAAUAGCUGGCAAUUACUUUGCCUGGCACUCACUUUUGCCUGUGAAUCGCUGA